AUGAAUCAAUCCAAGAAAGACCAAAUUCAUGAGAACGGACAUGAUAUCGACAAUGGGGCUUUCCACGAUUUGGCCCCCGGCGAGAACUCGAAAGCUCCCUUCCAGGCACCGCAAGACUUGUUCAACAGCGAAGAGGGUGAAGUCGACUUCCGGGGUGUCUCAUGGCAAGGAGCUGCUAUCCUAAUCGCCAAAUUUCAAAUCGGCCUAGGUGCCCUCAGUCUUCCAUCGACUUUUCACGUCUUGGGGUUCUUCCCUGGAGUACUGUGCUUCGUCAUUCUGGCUGUUAUCACAACUGUGGCGGGUUACGUUAAUGGAAAUGCCAGGCAAUAUUAUCCCCAUAUGCACAGCAUCGGUGAUGCUGCUGAGUUGCUUUUGGGAAAAGGAGCACGAGAAUUUAUCGGGGCUAUCUACUAUCUAUAUCUCGCUCUCGUCGCGGGAGCAGGUAUGCUCACCACGUCUGUGGCACUUAACGCACUCUCUGAUCACGGUGCUUGCACCAUGGCCUUUCUCGCCGUCGCAUGUGGAUCUGCCUUUAUUUUUGGAACUAGUUUCCGUUCUCUGGAAAAGGUAGCCUGGCUCAGUUGGAUCGGUGUGGCCAGCAUCGUCUUCGCUAUUUGGAUAACCGCAAUCGCCUGUCUCACCAGAGAUAGGCCUGCGGGAGCACCAUCCGGGCCGAUCAAUCUAGACAUCCGUGUGUUGCCCAAGGCAAACUUUACCGAGGCUAUGUCAGCGAUAUCCACCCAGCUCUUUGCUUUGGGUGCGUCAGGGACCUUUUUCUCCGUUGCGGCUGAGAUGAAGGAACCCCAAAAGUUCACGCGCUCUCUCCUUUGUGGCCAGUCUUUCAUCGUUAUAACCAACAUCGCCAUUUCGUCCAUAAUGUACGGCAAGAUCGGCCAAUACCUUGUAAGCCCCGCUCUGGGUUCAGCUGGGGUUUUGAUCAAAAAGCUAUCUUACGGCAUUGCGUUUCCCGGAUUAUUGGUGACGGCCAUUCUAUGGAGCCACAUUGCGGCCAAAUAUUGGUUCGUCAGAAUUCUCCGUGGUACACGGCAUCUUCAGUCUAACACAGUCACCCACUGGACCGUUUGGGUUGGGUCAAUGACCGUGACUGUUGUUUUUGGAUUCAUUAUUGUCGGUGUCGUGCCUUUCUUCGACGAUUUUCUAAGUUUGGUCGGCGCACUAUUUAAUCCUGUUUUUACUAAUGUCCUCCCUGGUCUCAUGGUACUCUUUUAUUUGGGAGAACAACCUAGCAUAGCAAGCGAUGGAGUCCAGAGGGUGGAAACUGCAAAAACAAUCUCGCCAAUCAUUUGGUUACCUAAUGCUUUCAAAGCAUAUCAGAAUGGAUGGAAACAAGUCUUGGCACUUGUAGGUGGAAUUUUCAUGAUAGUUUCGGGAGUUUUUAUCAUCGUCGGAGGGACUUACUCGGCUAUCUUGAGUAUACAGGUUUCAUAUAAUGAUGGAUCGGUAUCGGGAGUCUUCUCAUGUGGUGAUAACUCUUAG